GCCGCGGUGCUGCUGAAGGCGCGGCUGGUCCCCGCGGCCGCCAGAGCCGAGCUUAGCCGCUCCGACCUCAGUCUCAUCCAGCAGCAGCAGCAGCAAAAGCAGCGGGAGGAGGCUGAGGAGGAGAGACUAGAGGGGCCUGGAGCAUCCUCCACCUUGGCAGUUCCAGUGUCUGUAUUUAUGCUGAAAGUCCAGGUGAAUGACAUCAUCAGUCGUCAGUACCUGAGUCAAGCAGUUGUAGAAGUGUUUGUAAACUACACAAAGACAAAUUCCACAGUAACUAAAAGCAAUGGAGCAGUGUUGAUAAAAGUACCCUAUAAAUUAGGACUCAGCUUAACUAUUAUUGCUUACAAAGAUGGCUAUGUGUUGACCCCUCUGCCUUGGAGGACUGGAAGAAUGCCAAUCUAUUCAUCAGUUACACUUUCUCUGUUCCCGCAAAGCCAAGCAAAUAUAUGGCUAUUUGAAGACACUGUUUUAAUUACUGGAAAAUUAGCUGAUGCCAAAUCUCAACCAAGUGUUCAGUUUUCAAAAGACUUAAUUAAACUUCCUGACAACCAUCAUAUCAGCAAUGUUACUGGCUAUCUUACAGUUCUACAACAAUUUUUGAAAGUGGACAAUUUUCUGUAUACAACUGGAAUUACUCUCACUAAACCAGGUUUUGAAAACACUGAAUUGACUCCUCUUGCUGCAAUAUGUGUGAAAAUCUAUUCUGGAGGAAAAGAAUUAAAGGUGGAUGGCUCUAUUCAAGUUUCUCUUCCCCUUCUACAUACAAAUGAUAUAAGUGUGGGGGAUCGCAUACCUGCUUGGACAUUUGAUAUGAACACGGGUGCUUGGGUAAAUCACGGCCAGGGAGUGGUCAAGGAAUAUAACAAUCACUUAAUUUGGACAUAUGAUGCAUCACAUUUGGGUUACUGGAUAGCAGCUCCACUUCCAGGAAUUAGAGGUUCAGGUAUAAAUGAAGAUUCCAAAGACAUAACUGCCUACCACACAGUGUUUCUUACAGCCAUAUUAGGAGGAACAAUAGUCAUUGUCAUUGGAUUUUUUGCUGUACUCCUCUGUUAUUGCAGGGAUAAGUGUGGUACUCCACAGAAAAGAGAAAGAAAUAUCACUAAACUUGAGAUCCUCAAGAGAGACCAGACAACUUCAACAACACACAUAAAUCACAUCAGUUCAGUCAAAGUUGCAUUAAAAUCUGAGGACAAGUCGCAGUUAUUCAAUGUCAAAAACUCAUAUAGUCCUCAAAAAAAGGAACCUUCCAAGACAGAAGCAGAAGAAAGAGUUUCCAUGGUAAAAACUCGGGACAAUUUUAAAAUCUACAAUGAGGAUGUUUCAUUUCUAUCAGGCAAUCAAAAUAAUUACUCAAGAAACCCAACACAGUCUUUGGAGCCCAUUGUAGGGUCCAAACAACCUAAACAUAUUAACAGCAAUCUAGCUUCAUCCUUAGGUGAUGCCCAAGAGGAAAAGAGGUACCUCACAGGUAAUGAGGAAGUGUAUGGGCAUUCCCACAUUCCUGAACAGCUUAUGCAUAUCUACAGCCAGCCAAUUGCCAUCCUUCAGACAUCUGACCUUUUCUCCACUCCAGAGCAGUUACAUACUGCUAAGUCAGCUACUUUGCCGAGAAAGGGACAGUUAGUCUAUGGCCAAUUGAUGGAGCCAGUAAACAGAGAGAACUUCACACAGACAUUGCCCAAAAUGCCAAUGCAUUCUCACGCCCAGCCCCCAGAUGCCAGGGAAGAAGAUAUUGUACUUGAAGGUCAACAGAGCUUGCCAUCCCAGACUUCAGAUUGGAGCCGAUAUUCGAACAGCUUACUGGAAUCCGUCUCUGUUCCUGGAACACUAAAUGAAGCUGUUGUAAUGACUCCAUUUUCAUCGGAGCUUCAAGGAAUUUCAGAACAGACCCUUCUGGAGCUAUCCAAAGGAAAGCCCUCUCCGCAUCCCAGAGCCUGGUUUGUGUCUCUUGAUGGAAAGCCAGUUGCCCAAGUGAGGCACUCCUUUAUAGACCUGAAAAAGGGCAAGAGAGCCCAGAGCAAUGACACCAGCCUGGACUCUGGGGUGGACAUGAAUGAACAUCACUCGAGUAGAAAGCUUGAGAGGGAGAAAACAUUCAUCAAAAGCAUGCAUCAGCCCAAGAUCCUUUACUUAGAAGAUUUAGACCUGAGCAGCAGUGAGAGUGGAACUACCGUCUGCUCCCCUGAGGACCCAGCUUUAAGGCACAUCCUAGAUGGAGGGAGCGGAGUGAUCAUGGAGCACCCUGGGGAAGAGUCCCCAGGAAGAAAAAGCACUGUUGAAGAUUUUGAAGCCAAUACAUCCCCCACUAAAAAAAGGGGCAGACCACCACUAGCCAAAAGAGAUAGCAAGACAAAUAUCUGGAAAAAGCGCGAGGAACGCCCGCUGAUUCCCAUAAAUUAACUUUGAGGGUAUUUGUGUCUCUGCUGUUUCGUGCUGUUUAUUUUUGCUCCUUAUUGUAAAUUGCAGUAUGAACUUCAAAAGAGGUUGAGCCUGAGCAAUCUUAUGGUCCCUGAACAUGUCUCAAGCAGAGUAAAUAGUAAAACGGUUAUUCAGUAAUCAGAGAGAAAGAUAUGAAGGGAAGCUUUUUCUGUCCUAUUCUUGUCAUUUAUUUUUGGGUGAUGAAUUUUAAAUAUCAAAGUUUUCAACAUGUAAAAUAGUGUCGAGAUGUUAGCUAUCUGCAAAUGUUGCUCAGUCAGCCAGUUUAGCCCUGACUCUCUUAAAAACAACAUAGUGAAACCUGUACUCCUAAAGCUGCUUCCAAAAUGUUGCGUCUGCCUCGAUGACUGCCCUGUGGAACACUGAGAAAUGAAACUGUCGUCUUCAGGCGUCAUAUUCUUGUAAAAUGUUACAAAUUAUGUUCCCUUCUCCCUAUCCUUGAAAAUAACUUGAUAAAUGUUCUGGACUGAUGUUAUUAUACAGUUUAAAGACCAAACAACAUUUUCUUUGAGAUAAACAGCGUGUGUAUUGUAUUAUCCCGAAAGUAAAUCCUACAAUCACAUAAGAUAGGCAAAAAGCUACUUGGUCGUUAGAAUUGUCAUCUUCUUAGUUAUUUUUGGAUAUAACUUCACAGAAUAAAUAAAGUAUUAUUUUGUUAUUUAGAAGUUUGAGAAUGAAUGCUCUGAUAUGGAAUUAUUUUAAGUUUUCUUCCCUCCCCCCUCAAAAAUGAGGGGAGCUUAACUGUCAAGGAAAACAUUUUACUAAUCCGAAAAAACCCAAAAAUCUGUGACUUUAAGGCUCACUGAUACCUGUAGGGUAAAAUCAGUUCUUUUAUUCCAAAAAAUAAAACUUAGUCACUUAAAGGGUAUCAAAUUUGAUUUUUAAAAAAAUAAUGUGAAAGUUUCUUAUACACCAAACUAUUAACUAAAUAUGAGGAGAUAAAGGCAAUAAACACUUCGAUUUUUUAAAUGUUGAUGAGCAGAAAAAGAAAUGCCCUUCUCCUGAGGUUCAAAAAUACCUUCAGAAAAUUAGUUGUCUAUCCAGAUGUUGACAUUCAUAAAAGACAUUUGGUGAAAACAGUUUCAAUUUCAGAGGAAAAGUUUUCCUUAAAUCACUUGUAACAUUUGCAACAUUUUUUCCCCAGUUUUGAAAGCAUCAUAGCAAAGAAUUCAGUGUGAACACAAACAUGUUCAACAGCUGUUUUUAACUAUAAGUGUCUUUACCGAAUUAUCAUUGAGAUGUUCUAAAAAUCAAAGCUGUUAAUUAAAUUCAGCUCAUCCCACUUCUGUUAAAAUUUCCAUGAAGGCAAAUGUCUGAAGCACCUUUACCUUUCCCUUGGGGAAAAAUGAAAUUAAAUUGCUUUAUUUCUCAUUCCCUACUAUUCAACAUGGGAGCAACAUAGGGACCCAAGCCAAGUAAACAAGUUGAAAGAACCAAAAUAGCCACAUUAGCUUUAGUAAAAUUGUAGAUAGAUGUAAAAUAAAAAACAGCUUUUUCCUGCAAGAUAGUAGACUUCAGCCAAUUUUUUUUGGUAACCACUUCUGAAACAUCUAACUUGUCAGACAUCUCUCCCACCUUUCUGUGUUAACCCAAAGAACAUAAAGACCUAGGCAAAUGUUUUCUAUAUCGUACUUUAAUCCAUAGAAGAGAUAAAUGUUUUGGGUAAUAUCUAGGCUUAUUAUUAUCACUAUUUUUUUGAGUGAGGAUAAGGCUCACAAUUAUAGGAGACUUCUUAUUGGUCAUAUACAAAAAGAUACAUUAAAACAGCAUGAAUGAAAAUGACUUGGAAAAGAUUAAGAAAUUAGUGCUCUGCUGAAGUGCCUUUGAUACAGACUUGCAUUAUUAGAAGGUUAUAACAACAUCUUUAAGUGUGCAUUUUCUGUUAACUAAAUUAAAUGGAUGUGCAGUUUUUAAUUAAGAAAAAUAGACCUAGUGUUUCACGUUGGAACAAUGAAUUUUGCAUGUAACAUUUAUCUCUUUUGUGUGUUUAAUCCUUUUGAAUCCAGUAUAUAUCGAUAAAUGGUUUAUGUUGGAAUGAAGUUAGAAACUAUAUGGCAGUAUACACUUUUAAGUGUAUAUUUUGUCUAUCUUUAAAUAGGAAUGUUUCACCUCUCAGUAAUGAAGUACACAUAUUGGUAUACGGGUAUACUGUUCAGGUAUGCCACUUAUUUUAUUCACUCUUGGGUAAGGGAAAUUAGACGAUGUAUCCCAAGGGCUAUUCUAGAAAUGUUUGUUUGGUUUCAGAAUAAAACAUUUUCUUAUACUGCACAUGCUGUUCUCAAUUGGGAAUUAUAAGCAAUUUAUCUUUUCUAAUUAUCAAGAGUGGGACUUCUCAUUUGUGAGUAGUUCACAAAUUUCCUAAGAAGCUGAAGCCAUCUACUUUUUCUGAACCCAAGUGAUAAACCAACAAUAAUCACAACUUUCUUAAAUUUUUAAACUGAAAACCAACACAAUUUUUUGCAAAUGUAAACCUAGAUAAUUGUGGUCACAAAUUGUUAACAUUUGUGGAUCCUUUGUAUAUACUUUGGAUAUAUCUUAAAGGCAAAAUUAUCUCUCAACUGAUGGAUUCGUUUACUAAAGCACAGCUAUAUGUAUUUUUGAAUACAUAUGAUCUUGAGACUUUAUAAAAUCAAUUUUUAUGACUUUAUGCAGUUGUGUAGGGAUUAUGCCCUUUUAUAAUAUGUAGUAUACCACGAAGAUCACAAAUAUUGAGGAAUAAAAGCACUUCUUUGCUUUGGCAAUCACUUUCCGAUCACUUUCUCUGUUUCAAUCCCCAGUACAUGUUAUAGGGUUUAGAGAUCUGUGGAUCAAAUAAUGACCCUUAAACUUCCCAGAAAGGUGAAGCUCAAAGUUAUACAUUUAUUUGUAAGAUACGAGUUACUCAUUUCCCCAUGUACCAGUAUCGUAAAGGAAUUUGACUGUAUUAGUUUCCAUUUGAGAUCUAGAGUUGACAUUUUGCCCUCUUGUUUCCAAGUGUUUCUAUUUUUUGUAUUCUUUCAGAGAAAUCUCAUUUCACUGUAUUUAUUGCCAUUAAUACUAUAUUUACUGCUGAAAACUAACAAUCUGAAGAUUUGUAAAAUGUUAAACAGUUCAUUAAAUAUAAUAAAAUAAAUCUAAAAAUAUA